UUUACGCACUAUCCGCUUGUUUAACACCGCGCCACCGGAGAGAGCCGCUCAUCAACAACCGCUUCUCAACGCCGAAAGUUCUUUGUUCGUCUUCAGCGCUCGCUAAAAGCCCCGAAACCACGAUGGCGGAUAAGAUGAACAUGUCUCUGGACGACAUUAUCAAGCUGAACAAGAAAGGAGGCAGCGGCCGCGGAGGAGGAUCGUCCCGGUCGGGUGGAAGUUCAGGUCGGGCCGGUGGAUCGUCGAGGCCGCCGCGCAGUCGACAGAAUAACUUCAACCGUGAGAGAAACAACAGAACCACACCGUACACCCGGCCCAGAGAGUUACCAGACAAAUGGCAGCAUGACAUGUUUGAGGAGCACGCUGGUGGACACAGAGGACAAAGUGCAGGAGCAGAACGAAGUGUAGAAAGUAGUGGCAAGCUGCUGGUUUCCAAUCUGGACUUCGGCGUCUCCGACUCGGAUGUCAGGGAGUUGUUUGUAGAGUUUGGGACAUUACAGAAGGCAUCUGUACACUACGACCGGUCUGGUCGCAGUAAAGGAACUGCGGAUGUUCACUUUGAAAAUAAAGCAGAUGCACUUAAAGCAAUGAAGCACUAUAACGGUGUCCCACUUGAUGGCCGACCCAUGAAAAUCCAGCAAGUGACUUCAGAGGUUGACACACAGAGUAGACAAUCUAUGCAAAGUUCAAACAGAGGCUUUGACCGGAGCAGACUUGGACAGCCCACGUUUGAAAGGAGUGACAGGAGUGACAGGAGGCAAGGUGGCGGCAGUGGAGGUUUCAGAGGUGGUCGAGGAAGGGGAAGAGGAAGUGGAAACAGACCCCAACUUUCUGCCGAGGAGCUGGAUGCCCAGUUGGAUGCUUACAAUGCUAAGAUGGACACCAGCUAAAAGCACUCAGAGCGGAUGCUGCUCCUGUCCCUACUUUUUUUUUAAACACUGGUUGAUCAGAUAUGAUGGAUCGGACAUUAUUUUUUGAAGCCAUUUUAUUGUGUGGACCUUGUAUCUUCUGUUUUUGUUUUUUUUUUAAAAUAUUUCUCAGUAUUUUUGUAGCUAUUUUUUCUGGGGAAGUUUUGUCUUGGGGAUUUUUCUCCCAGGCCACCAGCUCCUGUGCUCUUUUCCAAAUGUAUGGACAGUGUCUUUAAGCCUGCAACAUAAUUGAUUUUUAAAUACUUUUUUUUUUUUUUUUUUUUAAGUCACGUAAAAAUGAUUCAGUGGUUUCACAGACUGCUUUAAUGUUAAAAAUGUUACAUAGUCAUAGUUGUCGUCAUUUGGUACUGUAUACUUGACACAUGGACAUUUCAAUGAGUUUUGUACAUAAAUAAUUAUAUUGGAUCGUC